AGACCACAUGGUCGCGUAUUUGUUUCAUGUCUCGUGUAUUUCCUUGUCGGGCGGCACAAUAGCGGUGAUGGGCGUUGGGGCCGUCCUGAGCUGGAAUUUUAACUCACGAUUCGCCACUCGUCUAACCCGUCAACCGUCUGACCGAUAUCUGCAUAUCAUCCACCCUCACCACAUUCAAGGUGUGUCCACCCUUCUGUGCGUAAGUGCUGUACCGGUAAUCACAUGUGCAUCCCAAUGACUGAUGUUCUUCGUUGCUUAUCGGUCCCUACUUACUCAAAUCUUCGAUUAUGCCUCCUUUAGCUUCAAUUGUAAUACUCCGGUUACUGUGCAACUGUGUUGCGAAAUGGCGGUGCCUUGAGCGCACAUCUGCCGGAAUAUAACCUUUUUUGUCCGCUUC